AUGAACAUUGUCCGUAGCAUGUGGAUUUUCCGUCACAAAAAGAAGGCGGAUGGAACUCUUGAGAGAUACAAAGCUCGUCUUGUUUGUGACGGGCGUUCUCAACAAAUUGGAGUUGAUUGCAGGGAGACUUUUAGUCCGGUGGUUAAGCCAACCACAAUCCGGACCGUGCUUUCCAUCGCUCUUUCCAGGUCUUGGCCUAUUCAUCAACUGGACGUCAAAAAUGCCUUCCUUCAUGGUCACUUAAACGAAACGGUUUACAUGCACCAACCAAUGGGUUUUCGCGACCCCCAAUAUCCCAACCACGUGUGUCUUCUUAAAAAGUCUCUUUACGGACUUAAACAAGCACCCCGGGCUUGGUACCAACAUUUCGCGCACUAUGUUUACACUUUGGGUUUUCAUCACAGCCAAUGUGACCACUCCCUCUUCAUCUUCAAGGAUGGUGAACAAAUGGCCUUCAUAUUACUCUAUGUUGAUGAUAUUUUAUUGAUCACUUCUUCAGAUGCUCUACGGAACCGGUUUAUGGCUCUCCUCUCCAAAGAAUUCGCCAUGAAAGACCUUGGUCCUCUCACUUACUUUCUUGGCAUAGCAGUUACACGGCACGGAAACUCGAUGUUUCUAUCCCAAGAAAAAUAUGCUCAGGAAAUAUUAGAAAAGGCGGGCCUUUCGGAUUGCAAUCCCGCCGCGACGCCAGUUGAUACCCAACAAAAAUUAAGUCGUAACUCGGGUACACCGUGGGAUAACAUCACCGAAUAUAGGAGCUUAGUCGGGGCACUUCAAUACUUAACCUUUACACACCCCGAUAUAUCCUAUGCUGUGCAGCAAAUUUGUUUACAGAUGCAUUCUCCCAUGACCUCUCACAUGAAUGCUUUAAAACAAAUUUUGCGAUACAUUAAGGGGACCUUAACAUUCGGCUUACAUCUUCACAAAUCCUCAGCGGCUUCUCUCGUUGCCUAUACCGACGCUGAUUGGGGUGGAUGCCCCAACACGCAUCGCUCGACUUCGGGAUAUUGUGUUUACAUGGGCGACAAUCUCCUAUCUUGGUCUUCCAAGCGCCAGCAAACUCUAUCUCGCUCAAGUGCCGAAGCGGAGUAUCGUGGUGUUGCCAAUGUUGUCUCCGAAGUCUGUUGGAUCCGUAAUCUUCUCCUUGAGUUACACCGUGCUCCACAACAUGCCACUUUAGUCAAAUGCGACAAUGUAAGCGCUAUUUACUUGGCACUGUAA